AUGGCUAAAUUGAGUGGCAUCACCGCACACGCCCUCAGUUUACUAGUGUUGCUGUUUACAAGUUCCACCCUUGCAGCUUACAACUCGCUCUGGUCACCGUCGCAAAGUGGUGAAGUAGUUGGAUACUCACGAGUGAUUGAGAUCCAUCAUGCAGGCGACGCAAAUGGAAAGCUGCUUGCUACUUUUGAACACUCGCACGCCGACAACGCACCGAGUCACUAUAUCAUUCGGGAGAGCACCGAUGAUGGCACAACAUGGGAUACAGUGACAACUGUGCUCGCCUCGGGUGACCCUCCAACAACGCAUUACUACCAGCCUUUCCUGUUCGAGUUCCCCCAGCAGCUGGGGAAGUAUGCCGCAGGUACUAUCCUCUUGGUAGGAAAUUUGGUGAACGCGAGUGUCAGCGACUUCUAUUCCUGGCGAUCCACGGAUCAUGGCAAAACAUGGGAUCAGAUUGGCGUUUGGCAGCAGGGCUGGCCGGACAAGCACGUGAAUAAAUCCCACGGUAUAUGGGAGCCAUUCUUGUUCUUAGAUAACCAGAGCAAUCUCGUGGCUGUUUUUUCAGAUGAACGCAGAAACGAAGUCCAUUCUCAAAAGCUCGUCCGAGCUAUCUCGAAAGACGGUGGUGGCAGCUGGGACAAUGCCACGGAUAUUGUUGUUGGCUCUGAGCAGACUUUCCGACCUGGAAUGGCGACCGUCGCCAAGAUGGGUAAUGGAGAGUAUUUUAUGAGUUAUGAGUGGUGUGAUUCCAGAAAUUAUCCAGCUACGUGCCAGGUGCACGGAAAAACAUCCAAAGACGGGAUUACAUGGGAUACAAGUGACGAGGGAGUGCUUGUUGCUUCCCCUGAUGGUGUUGGAGCAUACGACAGCCCAUAUAGUAUCUGGGAUCCCGUGGGGAAGCAGUUGAUUGUAUCUAGCUUCUCAAAAAGACGUCCCUCCAAUGCUCCAUACUUCGAAAAACCCCCUCACCUCCUAGAAGACCGGCGUACCGUCCACAUCAACCUGCAAAACGGCACUGGUAACUGGCACUGCGCAUCAGCACCCUGGUAUGCUCCAAGUUCAGAGCAUUGCACCUCGAAUUACAGUCCCAACAUGUUGCAACUGCCAAAUGGAACCAUCUUGUACUCAGCCAGGGCGCCGGCCAACAUCCAAGGCGAACCAUGUUAA